AUAUCGAUCACAUGACAUGAAGAUGGCGUCUAUCUUAUUUAGUAUUGUCACAUUUUUUUGUAUUUCUGCUGCAUCUUCACAAUAUCAGCCAACAUGGCCGUCUAUAGACUCGAGACCACUCCCUGCUUGGUACGACGAAUCCAAACUAGGGAUCUUUAUUCACUGGGGCGUGUUUUCAGUGCCUAGUUUCCGCUCUGAGUGGUUCUGGUGGGACUGGCAAGGGGCCAAGUACAACAACACCCUGAAAUUCAUGGCUGAAAACUACAAACCCGGAUGGACGUACGCCGACUUCGCAGCCCAGUUUACAGCGGAGUUUUUUAACGCGAACCGGUGGGCCGAGCUAUUCAAAGCAUCCGGUGCGAGGUACGUGGUGCUGACCAGUAAACACCAUGAAGGUUUCUGCAACUGGCCCUCAAAGGUUUCCUUCAACUGGAACUCCAUGGACGUGGGUCCGAAACGAGAUAUUGUGGGGGAGCUCGCCGCGGCUAUCCGCAGCAGAACUGACAUCCACUUCGGUCUGUAUCACUCGCUGUUUGAAUGGUUUCAUCCACUCUACUUGAGAGACAAGCAAAACAACUUCACCACAGAUUAUUUUGUUCAGGAGAAAACAAUGCCAGAACUAUACGAGCUUGUAAAUCGCUACAAACCGGAAAUCGUCUGGUCUGAUGGGGACUGGGAAGCGUUGGAUACGUACUGGAAGUCACGUGAUUUCAUCGCAUGGUUGUACAACUCAAGUCCAGUCAAAGAAACAGUUGUGACUAAUGACAGAUGGGGGAGCGGGGUAAUGUGUCACCACGGAGGAUUCCUUACCUGCCAAGACCGGUACAACCCAGGAAAACUCCAGAAGCGAAAAUGGGAGAAUGCCAUGACAAUUGAUAAGCAGUCGUGGGGAUACAGAAGGGAGGCCACUCUGAAUGAUAUGCUCAACAUGACAGAACUUAUAAAGACGUUUGUCAUCACUGUCAGCUGCGGUGGCAACAUGCUUGUGAACGUCGGCCCCACGAAGUCUGGUCGCAUCAUCCCGCUCUUUGAGGAACGUCUACGUCAACUGGGUGGCUGGCUGGCUGUCAAUGGAGAGGCGAUCUACUCCUCUAAACCGUGGACCUACCAGAACGACACUGUCACUGGAACUGUGUGGUACACCUCAAAGAAAGGUGCCGCCAGUACCACUGUUUAUGCAAUAUCUUUGAUGUGGCCCAGAUCGAGUCUUGUUCUAGGAGCACCUCGGGUUUCAGCCGACACCAAAGUCACUCUUCUAGGUUACCAUGGAAACAUUAGUUACAAGAAACAUGUUUCCAGUGGCAUUGAACUUGAAAUUCCAUUUAUUUACAUGGACGACAUGCCAUGUCAGUGGGCGUGGACGUUUAAAAUCACUAACAUCGUCAACUGAAAUUCACAUCAUCAAAAUAUUACUGUCAUGUGUUGAAACGUUUUCUCUGUCACCAAGUUACAAACCCAUUUUCAACUGGAGGGGACUAUAGGUUUCAAUUCUGUCCUUCUGUCUAUCUGUCUGUCCGUCUGUCUGUCCCACAUAUAGUUUUCCGGAUGUUUUUUUUAUUCCACAAUGUCUCGAGAUACUGACCUGAAAUUUUGUGUACAAUGUACAGAUACAGAUCACGUUUGACUUUUAUGGCUGUUGACCCAUUUUUGACAGAGUUAUGUCCCUUGAACUUAGGCGGUCCUAAAAUUUGUUAUUCAGACUUUGUUUUUGCAAUGCUUCCGUAUAUUAAGCUGAAAUUUUGUAUAUAGCUUUAUGUUCUGUUAUAGAUCAAGUUUGACGUUUGUGGCAAUUUAGUUAUUUUCACAGAGUUAUUGCCUUUGAACAUAUUUAGAUAUGAAAAUUUGUAAUCCAGACUUUGUUUUGCAAUGCCUGAAGACAUUAAGAUGAAAUUUUGUAUAUAGCUUAAUCGUGUUCUGAUACAGAUCAAGUUUAACUUUCAUAACGAUUGACUAAUUUUACACAGAGUUCUAGUCCUAUAAUUUAAUUUAGGAGAUGCGAACUUUUGUUGGGCCCAUCAUAUGCGACCAUGUUGGAUAGAAAAUGUACACCCGAGGAGGUGGAAAUUUUAACCAGGGUCGAAACUUUUUAUAUCCCAUAUAACUGUACGGUAUAUGAUGGAUUAUUUUUCUGUCAUCCAUUAGGUAAAUGAACUAUUAUUGUACAUAAACAGACAGAAUUAAUAUGCCUAAAAAUAGUAACUUUUUAAUUUUACCACUUUGUCAGAAAUAAAAUACGUUAUUAUA